UGGUACGAGCUGAGAGAAAAAUAAAAGAGAAAGAAUGAUUUAUAAUAGAACAGAUAUGUUGUAAAUAUCAAUGAAACAUGAGAGGAAUAUAAAGCUGUAUAGGUCCUAUAAGGUCAGCUAAGAAUUCUGGAGGUACCAUCUAUAUAUGAAAGGCUAUUUUCAUACCCAGUGUGCUUGUCAUGGUAAGAGGAAGUAUAACAGCUUGAACAAACAAGUAGCCUGGCAUUGCACACUGGUCAAAUUGCAUGUAUUAGACUGCUCCUUUUUCCAAAGCUGUGAAGAAACAAAUGAGAGGCUGCCUAGUGUUACAUGUGAACCAGCGUUUAUGGUUUGUUCCUCUCCAAGCUUUGUUCUUGCCAUAGGCCUCAGGUUGGCAACUAUGGGAAACAGGAUGCCGGACUAUAUUGUGCCAGUCCACUGGGCCAUCUAGCCCAAGAGGCAGCAACUACCUAAGGUCUCAGGCAUGGGUCUCUUGUAGACCUCCAGUUUUUGGAGGUCCUUUCUGGUACAGAUGGUAGGUACUGAAAAUGGAACCUUACGCAUGCAGACGAGGGGAUCUUCCCUGAGCCAUGGCCCCUCCAGAUAAGGACUGUGAAAUAGCUAAGAACCUUGAAGCUGGGUUUGUGUAAAAUAAUAUGCACCAGCUGUCCAAGACUGCAUUUGUGUAGGACUCUCUGCUGAUCCUAUUCCGUAAAUCCGGACUGUACAGCACAUUAUAGGGAUGAAGACAAGUUAAUCUCUGCUUUUAGAGUUUUACCCUCAGCAAACCCUUCUUGGCAGCAGGCAGAACCACUCACCUAGUGCUAAUUCUGUCUCGGUUUAUUAGGCAAAGGGUGGAAGGGCAGAAUCUUUAUGGACUAAAAGCACUUCCAUACAGUUAAUCAUGUUAUGAGAGCCCAAAAGUGUGUGUGUGUGUCCAUUCUGCGCAGAGGGUUGAAGAAACAGAUUUUGAAAAUAAACAAAAGUCUAAGCUCUUUAUCUGGUGACAUAUGUUCUACUGUUGAAAAUGCCUACUCUUUUCCCUUCAAUUAACUUUCAGUUUUAUAUGUACAGCCAAGGUCCAUCUCUGAAACCUUUUUGGAAUUUUUAGCGCAAGAGAGCAUAUUUAAGUGCUAACUCAUUCUUUGUAUUUAUAUAGUUGUAGUUUCAAUAUUUGUGGCUCUAGUUCAGCCAGCCUGAUGCCCUCCAGUUGUUUGGGACUACAACUCCCAUCAGCCCUGGUGUAAUAAUGGUGUAUUUACCCAACAUCACCCGUCUUUCAACCAGUGUUCUAUGUACACACUCCUUCAUCAAUCCAUCACCUCUUGGUUGCUCUGCACUGAAAUCUCUCCAAUACUUUGGUGUGUUCCUUGACUUUCUGGCACUUCAUCUCAUGGGUGUGCAGUGCAAAAGUAGUCUGUAACUUGAGCUAUAAAGUGACUCAGCCUUCCCAGCUGCCAGCAAUCCGUCACAUGUAAGAGGCUCCGGUAUCAAAGUCUACACAAGUACUUCCUCUUUUCUCUUCGAAUGAUCCUACCCCACUACACACAAAAAAAAUGCUGACCAGACUGUUCAAAUGAAGUGUUCAAGGAGGUAGUCGGGCAAAACCGUCAAAAGACGCAUCAAAGAAAAAGUUACGGUAAUGCUUUCCACCGGACCAUCAUCUCUCUUGAAAAUACUUUUGAACUCUGCACAGUUCUUCUGAAGAGCAUAUGUCCCUGCUUCACCAUCGCAGCAAAGCAAGAAUUUUGCAUGAGAAAGCUAAUAUGAGAACAGAAAGUGUCUGAAGACAAGCAAUAAAGCAACUGAAUCAAGAGCAAACUCAAAGGAUGAUCAGCAUCAAAGCUGAUUUGUUUCAUAAGCCAUGAAAAUACUUGGAAAGGUAAAACAACCUUUCAAUUAAAAAAAAUGGAAGCUGAAGGCGCAAAGUGGACAAGCACAGAAAAGGGUGCAGAUGGCUUUUUUCAUAGAUCCCCAUUCAACUUCUUUAGAAGUCAGAUCCAGAAGAAGAAACGCUCUGCUGAGAAAGGGGGAUGUGAACAGUACCAGGGCUCAGACCACGAGGAAUCCAAAGAGGAAAGUGGAAAAGGAAGCAGAGGACACAAAAUGAAUGAUUCCUGUUUAGAAACUCAAAUGGUGGAGCAGAUUUUCCCUGCACCAGACUCAAUGCUGUGUCCGCAAAGAGUCCAGAAUUUCCUGGGGAAAUUGGGCAAACAGCCCUCUAGCAAGGUUUUGGACUUAAAUAAUUGUGCAUUAAGUACAACAGAUAUAAUGGAGCUGGUUGCCAUAAUACAUUUGCUGCCAGGCCUGGAAGAGAUUGAUCUUUCCUGGAAUGAUUUAAUAGGAGGGACAUUAAAGUCUCUUACCCUUCCGUUCAAAUGUCUGCAAGAGCUGAAAGUCCUCCGACUGAACAACUGCAGACUCACAGCCAUGGAUCUUUCGUUUUUAGGGGAAGCGCUUGAAGUAAUUCCUCACCUUGAAACACUAGAUUUAUCAUGGAAUACCAACAUUGGUGGGAAGCUUUUUCUUCUAAUCCAAAAAAUCCCCAAAGACCAUAAACUCAAAACACUAAAAGUGAUGGAUUGCAGUCUAACUUCUGAAGAUGGUGAAUCACUAGCUCAGCAGCUCUACAAAAUCCACAACCUUGAAGUACUGGAUCUGUCAAUUAACAGAAAGAUAGGAUAUAGCCUGGAGAGUAUUGCCCAGGAAUUAAAGCAUGUCUCAGGACUGAAAGUACUUAAUCUGAACAGGUGUGGGUUAAAACUAGAUGGAUUCAAGUGUUUAGCUAGUGCCUUGCAGCACCUGCUGGAACUAAGAGAAUUAGAUCUGUCAUGUAAUAAAGAGAUUGGAGGAGGUUUCAAGUACUUAGCAGCUCAUUUGGCCGAGCUAAGGAACCUAGAAGUCCUGAAUCUUCAUCAGUGUUGUAUUACAGAAGAGGACAUGACUGUUUUAACCCAUGUAAUUCCCCUUUUGUCGAGUCUUCAGGACCUGGAUUUAUCAUUAAAUAAAAGCAUUGGGAAGUCUUCCGACCACCUUCUCAGCAGACUCCGUUUUUUACCAAAACUGAAAUCUGUGCUUCUCAGCAAUUGUUCUUUAAAGCAUGAUUCAUUUGCAUCUUUAGCUGAUGCUGCCCUUCACCUUCCUGAACUGGAGAUAUUAGACCUUUCUUGGAAUAAAUGCGUUGGCGGGAACCUAAAGCUGAUUUUGAAAGCGCUAAACCUUGGAGCUGAGAUCAAAGUGUUAAGACUAAGCAGCUGCAGCUUGGUAGAUGAGGACCUGGGUGGCCUUGGCCUGGUCAUCCAAGCUGGGCAUCUGGCUCAACUACAAGAACUGGACCUUAGUUAUAACAACCAGAUCUCUGACCAAGGAUGGACAAUGUUCUAUCAAGACAUAGUUGGCCUUGAGCAGCUUUCUGAACUGGAUGUCAGCCGUCGUCCUUCGUCACGUGGCAACUGUGGCGAAUGGUUGGGCAAACUUUUGGCAGCACUGCUGAAGCUGCCCCAGUUCACGGAGCUCGGGCUGCAAGGCUGGGUUCUUUCCGAAGUUCAGCAAAAGCAACUGGAACAUUUUAAUCGGGACAAUGAACGAAAUGUUCGCUUUGAUGUUUGGUAUGGAGCAUGAUGUCUUGUGCCAGUGUAACAAUCUAUAGCUGGUGGCCCACAGGCUCAGCACGCAGUUCCUAUAGCCUUACCUGACAGAAUGCAGUGGGAUAGAGAGAGAAGAGCGCCAGAAUUGAGAAACUGAAGCCCUCAUCUCAGUGAAAAUCCUACUCAGCCCCGCCUUGUGAGUAAUUUUUCGCCACACAGGAUGCAAGACUUGCCUUGCUGGACCAUUUCUCCCCACCAAGAGGAGUUUGUGGCUUGAGCAAUAGAAAAUACUAUCUUGAUCUGAGAAAAUGACUUUCUAUGAGUCCUUUUCUUUUCUUGCUUGUAUUUAUUCCCCCGGCCUUUUAAGGUAUCACAGAAAGCAGUUAUUUCUUCUUGCCCUUGCCUUUGUCCUUUUCCUUGCCCUUGUCUUUUCCUUUUCCUUUGUCUUUCCCCUUUUUGUCUUUCUCCUUCUUCUUCUCUUUCUUCUCUUUCUUGCCUCUCCUGAUCAUUUUCAGGAUCUCGCCAAAGGCUCCAAUCCCUCUGCGCACCAUCAAGCCACGCCACCAAGCCUGGACCUUUGAGGGGAGGGAGAAACAACCACAUAAGCAUGAAAAUG